AUGUGUGGAGGGGGGGGGGGGGGAGGUGGGGUUUUGGGUGGGUGGGUGGGUUGUGGGGAGGGGUUAUGGGGUAUUGGGUGGGUGGGGUGGGGAAAGGGUUUGAGUGGAUGGGGGGGGGGGUUGGGAGUGGUGGAGGUGUAUUGGUGGUUUGGGGAUGUUGGUUGUGAGAAUGGGGGAAGUAGGAGGGUUUUUUGGGGUGGUGUUGUGGAUGAGGGUUUGUUGGGGUGGGUGGGGGGGGUGGAGGGGGUGGUGGAGUUGGGGUUUUAUGGGGGGUUUGGGUGGUGGAAGUGGAGGGUUGAUGGGGGGGGGUGGGGGGUGGGGGGAUUUGUUUGUGGUUUGGUGUGGGGGGGGUUGUGGUGGUUUUUUGGUUGGUAUGGGUGGGGGGUGGGGUUUGUAGUUUUGUGGUUUGGGGUGGUUUUUGUGAUGUGGUUUUUUUUUGGGGUGGUUGGGGGUGUGGGGGGGGGGUUGGGUGUUGGGGUGGUUGGGGUGUGUGGGGUUGUGUUGGGGUUGGGGGGGGGGUGUUGUUGGUUUAUAUUUGGGGGGGUUGGGGGGUGGUGGUUGUUGGGGUAUAGUUUGUUUUUUGGGGGUGGGGUGUGGUUGGGUGGGGGGGGUGGGGUGGGGGGGGGGGGUGGGAGGUGGGGGGGGGUGGGGGGUUUGGGUGGGUGUGGGGGGUGGGGGUUGGUUUUUGGUGGGGUGUGUGUUUGGUGGUUGGGGUGUGUGGGGGGUGGGUGGGUGGUUGUGGGUUGUGGGUUGGUGGGUGUGGGGGGGGUGGUGGUGGGGGGGGGGGGGGGGGGUUGGGGGGGUGGGGGGGUUUGGUGUUGGUGUGGGGGGGGGGUGGGGGGGGGGGGGGGGUGUGGUGGAUGGGGUUUGUGGGGGGGGUUUUUAGAAGAUUUGGGUUAUUGUUGUGGGUGUGGGGGGUGUUGGGGGGGGGGGGGGGGGGGGGGGGGGUGGGGUGGGGUUGGUGGUUGGGGUAUGAUAUUGUGGUGGGGAUUUGGGGGGGGGGUUGAGUUAGUUAGGGGGGAGUGGGUUGUGUUGGAUGAGUUUGGGGGGGGGGGGAUGUAUGUGGUUGGGGGGGAUUGUUUAGUUUUGGUUUUGGGUUGGGUAUUUGUUUGUUAUGUGGUGGGGGUGGGGGGGGGGGGGGGGUUGUUGGUUGGGUUGGGGUUUGGGGGUUUGGUGGGGGGGGUGUGGGGGGUUGUGGGGGUUUAG